AGAUUUUUGACAAUUUGUCACAUUUUUAGCAAGCUAUUGGCAAGAUAGCAAUUUUGUUAGUUAUUUAUUUAUUUUCGGAAAAUUUUGUUUUGAUAAGUUAUUUACUUUACACUAGAGCGCAUUACUGAGAUUAUUGCUCGAACAUGGAGGCACUUACAACAUUCCCUGAUGCUGACAUGUGUCCUAAGCUCACCGAGGAGAUCGGCGCUUACGUUAGAACGUCGAUGACUAAGCCAAAAGCCAGUGACAAACCAACUACAGAAGAAGACAAAAAGGUAGAGACCGAGGGGAAACACGAAGUCGAGGCGAAACCAAAACCAGAGCCAGUGCCGCCGCAACCUCAACCAGUAGUUGUAGCUACCCCCAGAACUUCGGUAGUAAUACCCGAGCUCGAAGCGUUGAAACCAGGACCUGAUGGAAAAGUAGACUGGACACCGCUCGGCCAAAUUACCGGAACUAGGCCACCGGUCAAUAAGUAUUCGUUAAGCAGGUAUUCACUAGGAGAAUGGAGGAAGCACAAUGAAAAUGUAUUGAACUCUGACAUAGUGACCGAGUCCAAUAUCGUAGACUAUAACGCCAAGACGUCUAUGAUGCAAGCGUUCGGAACAAUAGACAAACAACAGUCGGAAAAUUACAAGCGACUCAGACAAAAAGCUAAAGAUAUUUUCCGGUGGAAGGUCGAAGUAGAACGCGCCUGUAAAAUGAUAACGGAGGAGGUUGAAUUAUUAGAAAUAGAAAGACAGCGACUGAAAGGCGCGUCUAAAGUAUUAAUGUUGCCUGAAUCGAUCUCUAGACAGUGUCUCGACAUGCGAUCGUCCAGAUCGCAGCCGGACCUAGUGGCGGACCUAGCCGAGAUACAGCUCGUGAAGGAAAUGAAUCUAGUGAGUGAGGUGAGAGAAACCUUGAAGACAACUUUGAAUCAAAUAGAAGAACAACUUAAGAUCAAUAAAGCAGCCAAGCACAGGAUUGAAUACGACUGGUGUGAUAAAACUAUGGCGUAUAAUACAGACACCAUCAAUUUGAGUCUUAGCACCAAGUCUAACACUAUACUGUUCCGGCCUGGAUCUACAAGAUUUGGUGAAUUUUCAGCGCCCCUCGAAUACUGGGAGUACUUCUGCAGGGAAAAUAUCGAAAAUUGUGAAGCAGUGCGACAGAAAUCCGUUGACCUUAGAAGUACUUUGAACGCUAUUUUAGUAAAUAACGGCAGAAAACUACGUAACCAGGCGGAUAAAACUGACGCGGCUUUGGCCGAAACGGUCGCUCUCACUACUGAAUUGUGUACGAAGUUAAAAGAGAAUUUAAUGACCACUUUGCAAAAAAUUGCUGAUAUGGAAAGUUUGAUUCAAAACCUGCAAGACGCGGUGAGGAAAACAGAUGCAGCCAUGAAACUAGCUCAAACUAGGCUGGACAACAGAAAUAAUUGGAGGCCUCAUGGUGAAAGUGUAAGGGACCAACCGCACUUAGGUUUGAUCGAAGAAGUUAAGAAAAUACAUGAAACAGUCACAUCCCUUCUUGGACAGUUGAAGAAUGCGGAGAGAGUGAGAGAAGGUUUGUUAGAGAAAAGAAUUCAGCUGGAGAAAGAUAUAGCAUCAAAGAAUAAGACAUUGAUAACAGACAGAGAAAGAUGUGGAACGGUACGGUCGCAUUACCCGUCUGCUUCAGAACUGGCUGGGCUAUGAAAUUACAAUUUGCAUUCAUCAAUCAAAAUUGUUGCGGAAUCAUUCCACC